UGAUCUCUGCUUUGCACCGGUUCCGUUCGCUGCUAUGCUAUGGCAUAUGCUUCCUGCCUCCGCAUUGCUUCGGCAUCGUUCAUGCACAUUGCAAACCACAUAUUCGAGAUAUUUGAGAUGGUGAUCGGCACUUGUGCGUCCGGCCGUCGGUUUGGCCAGAGCUCGAGGGUAUACAUGCUCUAUGUCGAGGCCUUUACUCGCACACAUACAUACUUCAUACUAUACAUCUUAGGUGCUCAGGUACCUAUAUCAUCCCCCUUAUGUUUCUCGUGCUUGCUUGCUUGUUUGCUUUCUUUCUUUCUUUCUUUCUUUCUUUCUUUCUUUCUUUCUUUCUUUCUUUCUUUCUUUCAUUCUCGCCAUACCUUUCUUUCUAUCUCAUAUCACGUACAUAUCGAGCAGAACGAACGAACCGGACCCUUCAGGCAUCUGCGAGCCGAACCAAGUCCCUAAACCGUGCAUGCAUGGCGCAGGAUGGAGAAAAGCCGCAUUCGUCCGAAUGCUGCAUGCCAGGCCAGGCGUCUGAUUGCGAAUAUUCCCACUAUCGUGUCGUGUCAUGUGGAAACAUGAAUAUAUCCCUCAGGAGACGAACGGAAGGAUGGAGGGAGGGAGGGGAGGUGCGAGGGAGGGGAGGUGCGAGGGAGGGGAGGUGCGAGGGAGGAAGGAUCGGGGUUCGUAGCCAGCCCUGGACGGUCGUGGGAGACAGCACUUACAGCCAGAGAUAUCUGCUCUAACUAGCGGCUGUUACCCCUCAUCCACCGUCAAUGGAUCCA